CAGACUUCACCGCUCAACUCUCCCGUAUCCAUGAGCAGCAUGCGGACGAGAUACAGCGGCUGGUGGAGACGUUCCGGAAGAAGAACUCGGAGCUUCGAAAUGAAAGGCCUUGCAGCAGUCAGAUCUUCCACGCCUGGGAAUCGCUACUUCAGGAGGUUGAGAUCGACUCCCAAAUCCACGCCGACGUAGCAGGAACUCUGAACCGACACGUGUCACGACCCCUCAUCGAGAAAACCUUCUUCAGGAAGAUCCAAUCCCGCAAGGUUUUCACGCACCGGGAAAGCUUCGACACCAUCCUGGCCAAGACGGAGGACAUGCUGAAAAAGUGCCGCCGGGACUACGCGGAAGCCUACCACAGCCACUGCCGGAAUCAGAGCAACGCCUCCCUCGCCUCCUAUUUCGACGCCCACAAUGCUUACGUCCAACAGCUGCACGCGACCAACAGCAUGUUUCAGGAGUACCACAACACCACCCUCCCUGCUCUCCUUCAGGAGCUGGAGGCCGUGUACCUGGACGUAAGCAGUGUUGUGGCGGAGUGUAUACUGCAGGGAGCUGACAUUGUGGCGGCCAAGGCCCUAGAGCAGAGCCGUCGCUACGACUCCCUGUGUACCAACUGUCGUGCCUGUGACGGACGCACUGAGCUGACCACGCUGAUUCGCACCCUGGACCCAGCCGUGACCAGCCCCGUCCGUCCGCCCCACCAUCGCUUCGUCCCGCCUCAGAUCGCGCAGUCCCCGGAGGCCGCCAACGGGGAGCCUCUUCCUCAAGACUACUCUCCACCAAUGCCUCUUAAGAACGAGCUUGUCUUCGACCGUCUGGCGGCGCUCUCCUCCAGGAAUCGCUACGACGCCCUCAAGAAGGAGUCCGCCGACCUGGAGAGACAGAUCGCCCAGCUGCAGGACGCCCAGGACACGCUACUUCGGAUGCAACAAAGGAGCCUGGACUCAUCGGCGUACAACAAGGCGAACGAACUUCAGGAGGACAUCAGCAUGAGACGCUUCGACUUGCAAGUGGCUCAGGUGCAUCUCUCGGCAGUGAAGGCUCAGAAAGAGUUGUUUGCGUCUAAAGAGGGGGAGGGGGAGGGACGAGAGAGAAAAAUGUCUAACUCGAGUGGAGGAAGCAUGAAAACCAAGUGGAUGAAAGCGCUCAAGUCCCUCAAGGCUUCGGACACCUCGAGUGGAAAGGCGCCCCCCCAGGUGACUUUCAGUCUACCACCCACAUCGCCAGCGAAGCGGUACACUUUCUCGAGUACCGUCCUCAGCGUCAUGGCUCACAGCGGACCGCCCGAAGCCUCUCCCUACGACCAGCGCCUCGCCAGGAAAAACGCGAGAGAGAAGGAGAAAGAAGCUGCAGCCAUGUUCGAGACCGCUCACAUCUUCCAAGAAUACACCUACAAGAAGAUCACUGCCUGCGACGUGUGUCACCAGAUCCUGAGAGGUCACUCGCGCCAGGGAAUCAAGUGCCGCAUGUGCAAGACCAACGUACACGUGGAGUGCCAGGACCAGGUGGGCAAGUGCCAGCCUAAGUCUCGGCUUCUCCGUCGUCAGCGCUCCACUUCUGAGAUCGAGUCCAAGCAGAUGGAAGGCGGCGAGGAAGACACGGACCCCAGUAUCUCCUUCAGCUCCCUUAUCGCCAGCCAGCCGGCAAGGCGAGGCGCUGAGCCGCCCUCCUCCAGUGCCACUACCGAGAUCCAAAUAGACAAAACAGAGAAGACAGAGGAGGUGGACCUGAUAUACCAGGUACUCAAACAAGCGGGGGACCUGGGAGGGCGGCGCAGCGCACACGGGUCCAUGGAGCGGGACUUGGGGCGGGACCUUGGGCGUGAUCUAGCGCGUGAUGUGGGAGGUUCAGCGGCCUCCUCUGGAUCAGGGAGCGCCACGUCCCUCCACAGACGACUUCCGCGACCCACUAACACCGGCUCCACCCUCACCGUGAACCCCGCCCCCGUGGCCUCCUGCUCAGGGAGAGGAGAUGUAUUUGAAAACUUGGGCUUUUCCGACCUGGGCGUUCCAUACCUCAAUGGUAUCACAACUGCCCCCAUCAGUCCACGUCGCCAGAAACUCAACUUGCGAAUGAAAAGUUUCUCACUUGACUCUCCGGAGUCGACUGAGCACGUACAUCGUCGGCGCCAUGGAGGUUCCUCCCACGUCAGCCACGCCUCCUCUCACAGCCAAUCGCCCUCCAGUCCAGUUCACAACCGCCGUCUCCUCACCGCCCGGAAUAUGCGUAUGAACUCUGUAGAACUGCCUGACGAGAAUGAGAAAUCCCUGAGCUCGGCAAGCACCUCGCCGUGUCCCUCACCUGUUAGUAAAAAGCCUCAUCGCCUCCUGCCUACAAAUCUCUACGUUGUCCUGUACAAUUUCACCUCCAGACAUCCCGAUGAGCUCGACCUCAGAGCUGGAUACAAAGUGACGGUGACCGACACUUCUGACCCUGACUGGUGGCAAGGCAAGUGUCUGGGACGGACCGGCUAUUUCCCCUCCAAAUACGUGACGCGACUAAACGGCGGAGAGAAGCCGCUCCAGGUCACUCAUAACCUCCAGGUGAAUGACGGAGAAAACGGAAUCAAACUCCUCCGAGACCAGAUCGUGAUCCAGAUAGGCGAGGAGGUGGAUGGCAUGGUGAUGAUACGUAACGGGGACAACCAGCAAGGUGUCUGUCCCCUCAAAUAUCUGCAAGAGGUCUGAGACUCGGGAACUUGGCAAUUCUCGUGAAGACAGUGACUCUACAGUGUAGCAGAUAGUAAAAAAAAAAAAAAAAAAAAAUACCGAAAAAAGAUAAUAGACACAUACAUACGAAUACAUUCACAGCUUUUUAGAAAUCUGAGAUAUGCAUUAGAAAAAAAGCCUGAAACGACAAAAAAUAAGUUACAAGAGGAGACACUUUUUUUUUCUUUAAGGACAAAAUAUAAGUGAAGGACUUAACAGAAAACGAGGGCAAGACUAUUAUAAGUGUGGUAGUGGCGGAAGGGGGGACGCAACACUUUCCCCACUACACUAUUCCCCCCCUCCCCCCGCCCCCGCCGCCCUCCCUCACCCACCCACCCACCAACCAACCAACCAACCAACCACCCUUCAAGACUCACAUUCAUUCCUGAGCAUUAGUUAUUGUUGUUGUUGCUGCUGUUGUUGUUGUUACUGUUUAGCUCAUUGCACUAAGGUCUUCACUGCACUCUGAAAAUGAAAAUUGUGACAAAAAAAAUAAUAUUACUACGAGAGAGAAACAGGACUGACUAUGGGUGGUUCUCGUGUACAUGUCUGUGUGAGAGAGAGAAAGACUGUGUGUGUGUGUGAGUGUGAAUGUGUGAAUGUAUGUCGAUAUGUCUGUCUGUCCGUCUGUGUACGUGCGUGUGCAACUAACACUCUCGAAAUUAUGACCUAAAGUAAAAGAGAAGAAUGAGGAAAAAGUCAUGAUAAAAAGGAACAAGAUUUCACAAGUGUUAAAUGAUAAGAAAGGAAGCCGCGACCACGUGGAGACACAAGCAAGACAGAACCAGAAGUACUUGAAGCCGCCUUGAGUCAAACCCGCUUUGAGGAAAACACGACCAGAGGGAAAGAGGGAAAGAAAGAAGCAGGAAACCCAAGAAAGAAACCAAAAAGAAACCAAGCAAGCCAGGCCACUCUUAAAUGGUACUCAUCUGGGGAAAAAGAGUGAUAUAUAUUUAUACAUAUAAGUUACGAACUCAGAUCGCCGUCUCUUCGAUAAUGCCUUCCCCCAAGAACUAAGCCUUCCUCAGCGAACGCCUUUUCUCCUUUUUCAUAUGUCAUGUUUAGGCAUCACUCUCCCCUUCUCUCAGCUUCCUUUCUAAUUCUCACACGCUUCUUAUCUCUGAGCACACUCCCAUCCUGCCUGUUUCCCUUUUAUUUCUCAAGUGGUUCCAUUGCAGCUUGAGCUCAUUCCUCUGGUGAGCGUGUGGCGAAUUUGAUUGAAUGACACGACGAGUUAUUAUUAUUCUUUUUUUCACUUGCCUUUAGUAACACUGCUGUUCCUCACCAACUCCAAACACAAUCCACCUGUAGCGUAAAAAUGUCGCAGAUCUUCUCCAGUGUCUCAUCCCACGGCACGCCAGAAAGCUCCACAAAGCUGCCAGUAAGGACUCCUUGUCACAGAGACGCUGAGAAGUCAUCUGAGGGUGAAGCUGUUAGUUCGGUUAACUCGUUUGACAUUAGCCUAUGUGGACAUUUGUAAAGACUUCUGAGAACUUCUGCGGCUGCCCACGAAAAUGAGCUUAUGUAAAGAUUUUGUAUGUUUCGGCAGUUUUUUCUACAUUUUAUAUAUAUAUCUGGAGAACAUUUAAACACGGGAUGAUAACCAAGUAAAUUCCUAUUGUUGCGUGGCGGAUCGUGCAGCGAUACAGUGCAGCAGCGGUCCAUUCUGAGUACAAGACAAGGAAGGGGCGCUACAAAAUUGAACAUUCGGUCGGUGAACCCCUAGAGUUACGAAAAAGAAGGACACUGAGUAAACUUUUGCGAUGGACUGUUCAGAAGAUGAGUUUCGGAAGUAAAGUUUAAAAUAAUGGCAUUAAAACGACCAAGGUACUCCAGCAGCCGCUGCUCCACCGUCCCUGGCUGCGUGCGGGGCCGCCACAUCACUGCACCGCACCUUUUGUCCCACCCCAGUGCUGCCUCUCCCCUCAAACCCUUCCCUCUUCACCGUCACAAUCCAUAUCGAAUGUUCAUUAAUUUGUUCUCGCCCUGCCUUGCUUUAUUUCGAGCCACGUAUCACAACCCCAAGUUCUCCUCCCCUUCCCCGUUUUGGGUGAGUCCCGCUGCCCGCCGCCUUCCUUGCCGCUCCUCGAGUUUGCCUUUAUUUGUCCGCAUUGAUGGCGUCCUUCGCAGGUGUAAAUAUUCCUCGUUACGCAUAAGAUCUUGACAGAUUUUGUAUACAUCCUUUGCAGAUGUAUUUUACCAAAGUUAUGCCAUAAACACACACGUACACAUUAUAUGUAGGUUAGUUAGAGGAAUAUAUAUCGUUCUGCCUUUGGUUCAAUACUAUUAGUGAAGGUCCCAAAACUGUCGAGAUCUUUCGCUGAUACUUACAGAAAUUAAAUUAGAAUAGACUCUUGAGUGUUUAACAGAUUUCACAGGGAAACCCUUAAUUGCUUUGUUUUGUUUCCUUUCCUUUGAACAGUAAUCUCCGGUGUGCAGUAGGCGUGUAGGGAGGAGCAAGCCUUCCCCAGCGAUGGGAUGUCACUCCCGACCAAAUACCUGUUUCCUCUAUUUGAUAGUGUUGGUGAUACAUCGCUUUUCUUUUUUUCAUAUGAUAAGAAAGGAGUUGGUAGACGCCUUGCUCCCGCUGAACCACGGCGACAGGGAGGGAGCAGCGGGCCGCGCGCCCCGCCCCCGCGCCCCUCACCACCGGCGGGCCUCGUCGCUCUUCAUGUUAGUGAUCGCAUUUGUUUUCUUUUACAAAAUUUUUACGGUAAAACUCUCGCUACUUUUGACGAUGACCGUGUACGUUUUAAGAUGUUUUAUUUAUCUGAAAGAGUCGUGAGCUGCCUUCAGUGUAUAUAUAUAAAUAUAUACCUAUAUAUAUAGAUAGAGAGACAGAGAUAUAUAUAAAGCUAUAUUGAUUACAAAAUAGUUUAAUGAAUGUAUGAUGCCAUGUUUCGUGGAGUCCGCGAGUAGAGAAGGACCUCGGAGCCUGGACGUCGAUUAGGCCGCUCGGAGCCACACAGAAUAUAUUUAUAUUCCGCACGUAGGUGAGACAUGAGCAAAGGAAUGUAGGACAUAUCACUGCGAAAUCAAGGAGACAAAAGCAGGUGGCUGCAAUCACCCCGGCAUUGGUGUUUGGUAGGGCACCGUGGUCUCCCUCCCGACGCAGAUAAUAUGUAGCUGCUAUAUGUAAGCAAUAAUGGGCUACAGAACGGGUAGCUUUACACUGCACAUGAGCGCCAAGGUGUCGUGGUUGAGGCCUUGACUCAUGUCCCGUGGCUGUUGAGGCUGUGCCUCGCGCGUUGUUUAAUGACAUGUACAUUUGGCCUCGUUUGAGACACCACUAUUUUGAUAGUUUAAGACGGGAGUUUGAUCAAGAACAGAACGGAAAGUAUUUUUAUCAAUUACGUACGUACAUACUCCUGGUGUCGCAGGCGAGGCGGUGUGUAGACUGCGCAUGGCAGACGACAGGUGUAAAAACAUUGAGCCGCAACCUUUCACUCCAUUCACUUGAGCUGCACUUGCUGUUUUGCUACGUGUAUAUAAUAAUGAGAGGAGAAAUUUACUUUUCAAGAAAAGUCAUGUAGACAAAAUUUUGAAGUUGUGACACUACAACUUGAAGAGGAAAUUUUCAACCCGCACCGCCAUUAGUGUCGUAACGUUCACGUGUAGAGUUUGUUUGUUUGCUCACCUCACAAGAUACACCAUUGUAAAUCACCAUCAUGGAAUUAUUUAUUUUGUCACUCUACGUGAAUUAGUUAGAUGAAUUAUAAAAGUGAGUGAAAAGGAAUAGGUAUUUUCGUAUUUCUAGAUUAUUUUUAUCUCUUCUAUACUAUGAUCGAGCAAAGGGAGCGAUCUCUGCCCCGGCAGUGAUCAGUCCCGUAAGGUAACCCAAUCAAGGGCUUUGUCGGGCCCGCGUGAGUGCUGCCACGCAGUCACUACCUUAGAUUGUGUUUGAUACACCACCUACCCUCUCCCUUCUUUUCUCGUUUCUCCCUUUAGAGGUUAAGUAUUUUUCCCACAGUGUUGAUUUAUACCCUUUUUGUCCCGUCCUUUCACUCACUCUCCAUUUCCGUGCGCUGAUCCAUUCCCUGCACCAGUGUCGGCAGCGUCCCACGCUCACUGAGUUGUGUCCCUCACAAUGUGACGGGUGUCCGCCUUAGAAGGGCCCCCUCGUAAACAUUCAAGCGCACCUACACACACACACACACACACACACACACACACACACACACACACACACACACACACACACACACACACACACACACACACACACACACACACACACAAACACGCACACACACACGCACACACAC